CUGUAAGCAGGUUGGAAAUCGUAUCAGGUGCUGUGUAAUUGCGAGAAAACAUAUUAUUGGCAAAAAUUUUAUUACUACAAUGUCGAUUAAUACAUUAUGCGCUACAUUUCGCAAAAUUACGGUGGGCAGGAUAAAUACUGCUGCUAUUGCUGCUGCAAGGUAUUCGACACAACAAUCCAACUGCGAUACAAAUACAGUUUCCCGUUUAAUGUCUAAUAAUUGCAUGCAGUGCGGUACAGGGUCGAUACACAUAAAAUUUAUACCACGAACACUUAAUAUAGAUUUUAGAAUGCCUACAAGAGGAGAAUUCAUAAGAAAUAUUAUUGAAAUUCCUUCUACCACUUUGAUUCUUCCCUUGCAAGAGCCUACAAACCGUUUACCCAUUCAAUAUGAUUCACCUAUGAUAGAAAAAUCUCUAGAUUUACCUACAAAUGAAAAAGUCAUAGAGAAACAGGCAGUGAAUAUGAUAAGAAUCAGACAUAAGAAGAUGAAGAAACACAAACGAAAGAAGUUCCGCAAGAAGAUGAAAUUUAUAAUGGAAAAGAUAAGACUAAAGAGAAGACAGAAGAAGGAGAAAUUAUUUCAAGCUGAACUAGUUGCGAAAAUUAAGGAAGCAGAAGCGUUUGACGCCAAGGAGUAUGUCAACGAGAGAUUAAGUCUCUUAAAUAAGAAAUUUUUACAAAGAACUUACAGAGGCGAGAUUUUACCUCCUGAGAUGAUUAAACAGUUUAUAGACGAGAAAAUAGCAAAAAAGGAGGCUAAACGUAAUAAACCUCGUUUAACCUUAUAAUAACUUAUGUAUAAGUUAUGACAAUAAAGUUUUAUU